AUGAUAGAGAUAAUUAAUUUUAUGAGUAAAAAUGAUACUGACAAUGAAGCUGAAGCUGAUCCUAUUCAUAAAGCUAAAGCUGAUCCUAUUUAUAAAUAUAAAGCUGAUUUUGAUAAUGAUAAUGAAGCUACUUUUAAUAGUAGAAGUGAAGAUGAUUAUUAUAAAGCAGAAAAAAUUAAUUAUAUUAAUAAUUGGAUAUAA